UUCAUCUUCUUCCGUCCAUUUUGUUUUUGGAUGGCUGCUGGCAUCCAUGUUCGAUCAUUAGUUCGCGUGCGGUUUUCUGUGUUGAACUUGGAACUUUCGUUUAGUGUUAUCUAUUGUGGAAUCGCGAAGGUGUUUGUGACUAGCGAACACGACUUGCUUAUUCGCUGUGGUAAGACAAUAGUUACAGUUGUUGUGCAGUGAAUUAUUUAUCGGGAACAAGCGACAUUUUGAAGUGACGUGUAAUGUUGUGCAUUUCAGAUAGUGAUUCACCAAACUGAGCUUACAUGAUUGGAUUACCGCGUAGCGAUAGAGAUAGAGAUCGUAUAACGGUGAAAAUUCGUAACAUGAAGAGGAGUUCGUCGAGGGAUAGCAUCCCGCGUUCAAAGCGGACACGUAGUAGCAUCGGAAGAUACGACGACAGUUCAGACGAGCGCGUCACUCCAGACCGUGUACGGCGAAGGGUGCGGUCACCGAGCCCCCGGGGCCGGUACGUGUCCCCUCACCGCGACGACUAUGCUCGCUCUCGUGAAGUACGCGAGGAAUCCGUACGCCCCUACUAUAAAGUUCUCUGUGUCAGUGCAUUGCACCCCAAGGCGUCAGAUGAAAUCGUCAAAGACACUCUCUACAGAGAGUACAAAAAGUUUGGAGACUUCAGCAUCAAAAUAUCCCACGAGUUGGACGAACGCGUCGCGUACGUAUGUUUUCGAAGUGUUGAAGAUGCAAGGGACGCCAAACAUGCAAAGCCGAGGAUCAUUUUGUACGAUAAGGUGGCCAUAGUUGAUCCUGUGUACGAGCCUGUGAGGUCCGAGUAUAGAAGUAGGCCGAGAAGUAUCACGCCAACCGACUAUGAGCGCCCUUACUCCUACGCGUGGUCGCCAGUGCCCGACCGCCGUCGCCCGCCGCCAGACGACAGAGCCUAUGGCAUACCACCAUCAGUGCCACCUCAUCAUAGAGAUUUCCGUCCACCUAUGCACGAAUAUCCCAUGGCAGGCCCUCACGGCCCGCCCAUGCACCACAGGCCCCCUAUGCACCAUCCCCCACACCCCCAUUAUAUGCCACGUCCGUAUAUGCCGCGACCGCAUCAUCCUCCUUUUGAGAAAUCUGAAAACAAAAAAGACAAGUUUCCCAACUACCUGCACCACGUUCAGCCCGAAGAUGAUCCACUGGCCACUAGAACUUUGUUCGCUGGCAACUUAGAGAUAAACAUAUCUGAUGAGGAGCUGCGUCGUAUUUUUGGACGCUACGGCAUUGUCGAGGACAUUGAUAUUAAACGUCCACCGCCAGGCACUGGAAAUGCUUUUGCAUUUGUGCGCUAUCAAACUUUAGAUAUGGCACACAGGGCAAAAGUUGAACUUUCAGGUCAAUAUAUUGGUAAAUUCCAAUGUAAGAUAGGGUACGGUAAAGCCACACCCACCACCAGAGUGUGGGUCGGGGGGCUCGGUCCAUGGACCUCUGUAGCUCAGCUAGAAAGGGAAUUUGACAGAUUUGGGGCUAUAAAGAAGAUAGAAUAUGCCAAAGGUGAAGCUCAUGCAUACAUUUUAUACGAUUCGAUAGACGCCGCUCAGGCUGCCGUUAAAGAGAUGAGAGGUUUUCCUCUCGGCGGGCCCGAAAGACGCCUACGUAUCGAUUUCGCUGAUGUAGGCAACGGUGGUCCGUACAGGCCUAAGCCUUACGCUCCACCUGUAGGAGAAGACGGUAGGCCGGUAGAAGGCUACGAGGGUUACGAAGGUACUUGGGAUGAUAGUUAUGGGUAUGGGGCUCCAGGGUACAGGGGUAGGGGCGGCCAUCGCGGUCGCGGUCGUGGAGCAUACAGGGGUGCUUACCACGGCGCUGGCGACUACCGCGACGAAGAAUGGAGGCGAGCUCCAGUCGACGGCGAAUACGAAGGUCGCGUCCGUCAUUCUGGCUCACGUGAACCUGGUGUUGACCGCUCCCGAUCCCGCUCCCCGCGUCGUCGCUCUCCCGACAGCGAUUCCGACGGCUCCCCGCGCCGUACCGGUGGCAUGCUGGCGUCCUCCCGAACCCUCCCAGAAGUCGUACGCAAAGCCACCACUAUCUGGAAUGGUGCACUCAUCCUGAAAAACUCCCUAUUCCCCACCAAGUUCCAUUUGACCGAUGGUGACUCUGAAAUCAUUGACAGCCUGAUGAAAGAUGAGGAUGGCAAAAACCAACUGAGAAUCACACAAAGACUCCGUUUGGAUCAACCGAAAUUGGAUGAUGUUCAGAAACGUAUUGCAACUUCGAGCUCCCAUGCUAUUUUCUUGGGAGUUGCUGGAUCUACAGCUUCUAUUACAAAUGAAGAUUCGAGUAUUCAGACGAGGCCAAUGAGAAACCUGGUGUCUUACUUGAAACAGAAAGAGGCGGCAGGAGUGAUAUCCCUCUUGAAUAAAGAGACAGAAGCAACUGGAGUGUUGUAUUCUUUCCCUCCGUGUGACUUCUCUACGGACCUCUUAAAGAGAACUUGCCACAAUCUUACUGAAGAAAGUUUGAAAGAGGACCACCUUGUAAUAGUCGUGGUCCGCGGUGGUUCUGCUUGACAUAUUUAUGAAGAUAGUUUAUAAAUCUAUUUGUGUUUAAAUAGUUAGAUUAAGUUUUUACUUUGAAGUUUUCCAAAAAUGUUAUAAAUUACUAUCAGUAACAUAAAGUUUGUGAUGUUGUGUAGUGAUGUGAGGUAUUGUGGUUGUUCACAAGUUCUUAUGUUUAGUGCAAGUGCUGUGUGAUCCACAGUUGUAGUGACAGCAAUAAUUGCUAUUGCAAAUAAUGAACAAGUUAGUCUUGCUAGACUUAAAGCAAUCUUAAAACUAAGUGUAUUUAUGGAAACAGAGUUUAGUGUAUUUUUAUUCAGUGUAUGCUAGGUGAUGUGUAGUGUAAGUGUGUGUACUUGAAAAUAGAUUAUUAUAUCUCAAGUUGUUGUUUUUUUGAACCUAGUGAGUUGUGAGAGUAUUAAGUGUUAAGUGACCAGUUUGUGAUGCAAUAAUGAUAGUUAAUUGUCACUGAGUGUGGUAAAGUACAAUCUGAAGUUUUUCUAAGUGUUUGUGUUGCGAUUACAAAGACUUGCAGGAUAGACAGUAAAAAUGUGAAGUUAAAAUAGUUCCCACACCAAGUACUAAGUUUAAAAGUUAGCACCAUAAACUUCAGUUGAGUUAAAACUUAAGUGAGUGUAGAAACUUACCAGUGAGUGAUAAAAGUAUUAAUGGUUUGUAUAGUGCCCAUGGUCUAGGUAAGUUUGAUGUGACAGACACUAACUGUGCUGCUGAAACUGGCAUUGUCAGUCCUGCUGAGCUUCUGGCUGACUGAGAAGCAUUUUAUGUACACUGCAUGGGUAAUCUACACAAUCUGGCAAUAGUUUGGUGUUUUAGAUAGUACUAUGUUAAUUUUAAAUUGCUUUAUCUACAGGGUGAUUUGUGAUUAGUGAACACCUUGUAUGUGAAUACAGUAGGCAGGACACAGGUCAUUUGUAACCAAUUUAGUUGUGUAUGUGCAGGAUAAGGCACCAUUUAUGAGAUUAUAAUUUUAUGUGAAAAAAUCAUGGAAAACUUAAUAAUUAUUCAUUACUAAACUUACAUUUAUUUCAUUCAUUUAGAUGCAGUGCUCCCUACAGAAAAAAAAGUCUUUCAUACAAAAUUAAAAUGGAAAUAUUAUCUCAUAAAUUGUGGACGUUUGCUUAGGCAUAUACAGAUCUAAAUGAUUGCAAGUGACUUUACUAAAAUCUCUUACAAGGAUGUUCACUCAUUACAAGUCACCCUGUAUAAGAUGAUUUGUUGAAUUUUGGAAUCAAUUUCCUAUUUUGAGCCUUUAAGAUAGGUCCUUUUUCUUGCUAAUAAUUCUGCUGAAGGACUUCUAGGCCCAGUGCCUCCUUUCUUGAUCAUUAUUGGUGCCAUUGAUGACAUACUUAAUUACUUGUUCCAUCCCAUCAGUAUUUAGACGCUUUUCAAUCUAUUUGGACACAAAACCAGGCUCUGUUCUUCAAUAACGAUAGUACAGUCAGCGUCAAAUAGUUCGUGAUACUCAAAGUAGCCAAUAAAGCUCGGUUUCCACCAAGGCUAAGCGGAGCAAAGAAGUGUUUUGAAUAACUAAUCAGAUUUCAUUAUUUCCACUUCUCUUCUCCGCUCCGCGCCGCGGUGCCGCUGUCAAAUUCUUGGUGGACUGGAAACCGGGCUUAAGUUCGCGACUUGUUGUCCACUUUGGGUGUCACGAACUAUUUGACGCUGACUGUACCUAAGUAACCUUACCUGUCGGACUUUUUAGCUAUCUGUAGGUAUGUAACUCCGAUUUUUCAAAGAGCAAGAGGAUUGAUUGGGAUGAUUAUCCAAAAAGUCGAAUUGGCCGGUCACGAGAAGCAGAUUUUUAAGGAGGCAAGUAUCUAUCCUAUCUAAAAGGGAUAAAAUUAACGUAAAAAAUGCCAAAACAUCAUCAUCAUGAUUCAUGACUGCUAAAUGGUGCAUUUAUCGAUACGUUUUCGGUACCCGGACUCAUGAGUUUUUACCCGACUGCGCCAGAAGGAGGGUUAUGUUUUUGCUUAUUGGAAACCGUUACACCACCUACAAUCUGGGUAAUUUGAUACCCAUGUAGUAGUUAGUACACAGUAGGUACAUACUUUAGCGCACUAAGGUACCUACUUCCCCAAGGGUCACACAAUGGCGAAAACCUUCAAAUUAAAUCACUUAAGUCGGGGAGUCAUCACAUAGAGGUACACACGCACAUAUUUUCAUGUAUUUAGGUACACUCAUGCGCAUACAUCAUAGACGUGAUCAUACUCGCAAAAAAUGCUGUAGGGUUGCAGCGGCACUAAAGAGCAGCGGUACUCAACCUUCUUUCAAAGCAAUUAAUUUUAAUUUUGGUGCCUCUCUCAGUUUCUCAAUAAAAGUUUUUAAUUAAGCCAGAUGGCUUUUACAAAAGUUUGACUGGCCGUAGGUUGAGUACGAGACUGUCUCCGAAUGCGUAGGUAACCUCGAUAAAAACAUCAAGUGUAAACACACAUCUUAUCAUUUCGUGCUCUUUGUUUUGUUCUCUUUCUUUCUAGGUAGCCUGGGUGACCCGGUUCCAGUACAGCAUGGGCACGUGUGGUCUCCAUCUGCAGAAAGCCGUGUCAACCUAGUUUCGUGAGAUAUGUAAAACUUAUCAGUGGUUGUGUCGUAAAAAGUGCUGU